GUUACGCUCGGAGCGUGGCGGAGGCGAGUGGCGGCAGUGCCCUGGGAGAGCUGCGCAAGGGCUUGGUGAAGCUGGGGGCAGAACAGUUUUGCAGUUAGCCAGAGCCCUUGAAUCAUACUCUGUUGGCUCUUGUGCCUUUGAAGGCAGCACAUGUGGCUAUGAAACGGACAUCACCACUCUUCCGUGGAUUUUGAAUGAGAAAGACUAAGAAUCAAAAGAAGGAGCGAGCAUCUGCCCAGCAUCGAUCUCAGGAGGAAUAUGGCUCUGUGCCUCACUCCUCUGUGUUUCAUCGAGGUCGCAUUGGUAAGAAUAUACAGCAACUCAUCCAAGAUGUUCGGGGAGUGAUGGAGCCUUUUUCUGCUACCAGCCUCAAGGUGCGGAAGAAGAAUUCUUUGAAAGAUUUUGUGACAAAAUCUCUGGGUAUGACUCAUUUCCUGGUCUUCACAAAAAAUCCCACCAGCAUCAACCUUGAUGUUCUCUUAUUAUUCCUCUUCUGUCAGUCAGCUUAUAUGGUGAGCCCGGAGGGAACAUGGAAGCCAAUAAUGAUCAGAUUCUUCAGAUAUUAUCAGAUUCCUUACCCACACUAAAGGAGCGCUGGAAGAGGACAGAAAGCUUUCUCCACAAUGAAGCAGGAUCAAAAUUGGGACACCUGUAAUUUUUUUUGUAUUACAGUUGCCUUCAUCCACUUCCAUUUUUCCAUUCCCAUAUUGUCAUUUCUAUAGCAAUUUCAGGCACAAGGAAAGCUUUUCGGUGUGCCAAAGGAAUAUUAUUUCAGUACCUCAUUCUCUAAUAAGAGGAUGCUUUUAGUGUGGGCUUCAAAGAAUUCUACCUGCUCCCGCUACAAGCACCAACUGGCUAAUUUACAGAAAUUGUUCUAUAGGAAGAAAAAGAAUUUUUAAAAAGCCCUAGAUGGGAUGGGAAUGAUUGUCUCCUGUGGUACUUUAAAAAAAAUAGUGCUGUUCAGUUCUCCAGAAAGUAGAGCUUAGAAACAUAAGAUCACUGUGCAACUAGGACUUUAAUAUUUGCUUGUUUGUAAAAGCUGUUGGUUAAAAGAGCUGUAGGCCAAAACCCAUCAAAUUGAAAUAAUUAGUGUUUCACUGAGAGCAAAACUCAUUACCCAAUGCCUGAAGCCUAUUUGAAAGAGAAGAGGGAGAUUGUCUGUAUAAAUCUAGAAUGAAUGUUUCCAUUUCCCACUGAGGGAGGAAAAAUAAAUGCUUUUCCAGCACUUUUUUGGAACUUCCAUAGAAUUACAGCUGAGAACUAAAUCACAACCAAAUAGUGAAUUACCUCUAGUGGAAUGGGUACAUUGAACAGAUCAAAUCUCCCUUAAUCCUAUAGCUACUUCUUUUCUCAAGGAUGAGUGGACGACUGAGUAGACUGAAGGGUGUCCUGGGUGCUGUGGAAAAGACAGUUGGGUGAGUGUACGGAUAUCAUUGAAUGUAAUUCUUUCUCAGUCUUGCUUUUCAUUUUGCUUAUUGCCUGCCUGUCAAUAGAAUCAAAGUUCAAUCAAGAUGACUGAUCUAGAAGACUAUUAUAGGAAUCAUAUCAAUAUUGCUCCUAUGGAUGAGCACAAUGAGACAAAAAAAAAUCUCAGCCCAUUCAUGAUUGGUUGGCACUAAUUGAUUGCAGAUAUGAGAAUGCCCAGCUUUCCCUAGCUUUUAUGUUUCUGGCCCACAAACAAAUUAAAUUUUUCCAUAUAUAAAAACAUGCUCCUACAAUUUACCAAUCUCAGAGAAACUCCCUAGACAAAUUAAAUAGGAAAACUAAGAUCUAUCCUGGGUACCAAUUAAAGAGGCAUAAAAGAAAUGAUUUAGAAGGAUGAAUUAAGCCAAGGUGUCAGCGGACUCAAGUUUUAUAUCAACUCUAUUUAUAUAUGCAGGAUUGUUACAUGCUA